AUGUUAAUAAAUAUGCCGCUUGGUAGGCCUCCUUUCACUCCAGUUGAUACUCAGUGUGCAGCACCAGUUGCCAACAGCAUACUGAAUGUUACACAGUCGCGUGCUACAUUAACGCACCCUACUACUUGUACUCUUGAAAACUGUAUCGAAUGUGUAAUAUCCGACGACACUGAAUACUGCGUCUUGUGCUAUGGAGAUAACCUCGGCCCAGAUAUUGAUGGCCACUGUGUCUCUUGCAAUAUAGACAAUUGUCUUCAGUGUAGUACUGAUAUCUUUAUCUGUGAGCUCUGUACAGAUGGGAAUCCACCGGUACUAGAUAAGUGUACAACAGAUGUAAUUUCUUGUGCAGAUCCACAUUGCAUUGAUUGUCAUGAUGGAAGUGAGUUUUGCUCUGUCUGCGAGCCGGGGUACUAUUUGCAAGAAUAUUGCGUCUCUUGUAGCUAUAUUCACUAUGACUGUUUAGCUUGUGCAGAGGGAAUGUGUACAGAAUGCUCCCCAAGCGACUCCUCUGGUCGUUCUAUGUGUGUGGCGUGCGACAUGCUCGGCUGCCAGUACUGUAGGAUUCUGUACAACGAUAGAAAUAAAUCCAUUAUCAAGCAAUGCGUCACCUGCUAUCAGGGAUACCUAUUGGUGCGGGACAACUCCUUGUGCAUUAGGUCUAGCGAAACAAACUGUGCAAUCCUUAAUUGCCGCAGAUGCACUACUGCAAUCCCAAUAGUCUGUCUUGAAUGUGACACCCUUUACGCACUUUAUCAGAAUGCCUGUAUCCUAUGCACCAUCCCGAAUUGCUUGGAGUGCAAGAUUGAGGCGUCACAAGACAUUGUCUACGAGACUUGUGUGCUAUGCAAGGAUGGCUAUUCCUAUUUGCUGAGAGACGCACAAAAUGUCACAUCGCAGGGGUUGUGUGUUCCAAUCCUUAAAAAUAUUAAUCAGACUAUCAAUCCAAUAAUUCUUCUUGGCUUUGUCUUCGUUGUUCUUGGGUUAGCUCUUUUAGCUGCCGGGUGUAUGUUCGUUUAUCAGCUACUAGAAAAGAACGAAACUCGUAAAGAUUAA